AAUAACAUAGGGGUAAAAGUUUACAAUUGGGUGCCCCUUGAUUUUUUGGCGGUUUAUUUUACUCGAAGAUCGGCGCUAAGGGGAUUUUCGGUCGGUAACUCAACAGUAACGUCAAUGAAAACAAAAUAUUAUGGAAACCAGAAGUAGUGCUUCAUCGCUGAAAUUUGUCGCCAAUCGAAGUAUUCUAAAGAAUCAAAAUCAUGUUUCAGAGAAGAAAAAUGAAGAGAGAAAAAGUCAAUUUAGAAAAGCUGAUAGGUUAAACAGAAUAUUAUGAAUUUUUAUUAAGGUUGAUUUCACAUAUGCAUUGGGAGAAACUUGGAUGAUGGUGGAAUUUUGAAGUGUUCACGGGCAACUAAAAGGACUGUUAGUUCACCAUAUCAUUCCAAAGCAAAGAAACGAAAUGAUAAAUAUUUGAAGAAGAGAUUAUUCCAAAAUUUGCAAAUCUGGUUAACACUGUAUGACAUACCUGUAAUGGAAUCCGUCACCAAGAAAUAGGAGUGAAUUAUUUAUCCAGUAGACAUUUUGGAAAUUUGUUGUUUUUCAAUUUGCUUUUUGUACAUAUGUAAAUAUUUCUAAAGUUGUACUAAAUAUUUUUUUUUAUUUGCACUUAUAGAGAGAAGAAUAUUUUCUGCAUCUUUCAGAAAUCUAAUACCACAAAAUAAAACAACAAAAGAAUAAUUUUUAUCGAGAUUUAAUGCUUAAAUAUCUAAGAUUUUUUGCUUAGGGCUGGCAUUUCCAUGAACAUUUAAAAGGCUUAUCUUUGAUUAAUAUGAGAGACAAUUUUCAUUGCAGUUUAUAAGUAAUAAGGGUAUUAAUUUUUAUGAGGCUUUAAUUUUUCUCUUCCAAUCUGACUGCCUGUUUGUGAUUAAUGCAGAGUUUCUUUGAACGAAUUAUUUAAAAAAAUAAUUUUAUUAUUCAUAUAAUGGAGAAAUCAUUCACAUGCGAGUUAUGUAAUCAAGUGUUUUCUAAGAACAGUAACUUAAAAAGGCAUUUACAAAUCCAUACGCAUGAUAAACCAUUUGCAUGUCACAUAUGCAAUAAAACAUUUCCUCGGAAGAGCUCCUUAAAAAUACAUUUAUGGCUGCACACGGAAGAGAAACCUUUUGUAUGUGAUGUAUGUAAUAAAGCAUUUUCUCUACUCACCUAUUUAAAGAAACAUUUACUGACACAUGCGAAACAGAAACCGCUUGAAUGUGAUGUUUAUAAUAAAGUUUUUGCUACUAAAUCAAAUGUAAAAUCACAUUUACAGACGCAGACAAGCGAGAAACUGUUUGCAUGUGAUUUUUGUCAUAAAACAUUCUUUGACAUUUCAAGGCUAAGAAAACAUUUACGGAUACAUACAAAAGAGAGACCAUAUGUAUGUGAUAUAUGUUUAAAAGCAUAUUCUGGGCGUUCAAAUUUAAAAAGACAUUUACAGACACAUGCGAGCAGGAAACCAUUUGCAUGUGAUGUAUGUAAUAAAGCAUUUUGUCAGAAGUACACCUUAAAAAUGCAUUUAUGGUCGCACACAGAAGAGAAACGUUUUGCAUGCGAUUUUUGUAAUAAAACAUUUUAUCAACUAACCUAUUUAAAGACACAUUUACGAACGCAUACUGGAGAGAAACCAUUUGUAUGUGAUGUGUGUCAAAAUGCAUUUUCUAGAAAGUCGAAUUUAAAGACACAUUUACUUUCACAUACCAAAGAGAAACCAUUUGAAUGUGAUGCUUGCAAUAAAGUUUUUGCAACAAAAGAAAAUUUAAAAUUACAUUUACGGACACAUACAGAGGAGAAGCCGUUUGCAUGUGACAUAUGUAAUAAAGCAUUUCGUGACAAAUCAAAUCUUAGAAGACAUUUACAGGUUCAUACGAACGAGAAACCAUAUUCAUGUGAUGUAUGUUCUAAAGCAUAUACUGAGCCCUCAAAUUUAAAAAGGCACUUACGGACGCAUUCGAACGAGAAACCAUUUUCAUGUGAACUUUGUAAUAUAACCUUUACUCAAAAAAAGAAUUUAAUGGCACAUGUUAGGAGGAUACAUUAGAAAGAGAAACUAUUUGCUGUUUAGCUUUUACUUGACAAGAUGAUUUAAAGAGACAUUUCCAUAUGCAUAGGAGAAGGAACUAUAUUCAUGUUCCGUUUGCAAUAGAGGUGUUCUCUUAAACGUAGAAUUUAUAUUUACAGAUAUUAUAAAAAAGAAACGUAUUAAAAAUUCGUAUAAUGAAGUUUCUUCUCGGAGAUCAAAUUUAAGAGCACAUGUCUGGUCACAUAUGGAAUAGAAAAUGCGUGUAUUUGACUCUUGUGGGGAACAUCCAUCUCAUUUAGUGUCAAGAAACAUAUCUUAUCGAGAAUGAUUAAUACAUGGUGUUUAAUGAAAUGUUUUCAUAGCAAAAGCAUUUCAGUCAUCUUACUGACAGUUACUAAAACAGUGUACCUGUGACAUAUGUAGCUUAUUUACAUAUCAUGUUCAAAAUGCAUUUGAAUUUAAAUUAUUAUUUUAUCCUUAAGUUUCUGUGUGUUAUUUGAGAUAUGUAACAGUUUUCAUCAUUUUACUGCAUAAAAUCGACCAUCAAUAAUCUGCCAUUAAAUAAUAUCUCUUUAAGUGAUAAAAUACAUUGCAAGAUGUCUAUUUAAAAAAAAAGUAAAAUCUUUAACGGCUGAGUUACACAUAUGAAAUGUGCUCUCAAACACUUGGUGUCUGGAAAAAAUUCUAUAUUUGAAAAUUUUUACAAAAUGCGGAUUGGAAUCGCAUGCCCUUUUAUUAAUUAAUACUUAACCACUAAAUAGGCCAUGUUACGAGGAGAGGGAAAAAAAAAUCAGUUUUAAUUUCAUUUAUAUAUUAUUCCUGUAGUUUUCUUUAUUGAAUAUUGCAUCUCAUUACAUCAGUCAUCUGCUAUUCAUGCAUUGACAGAAAAUAGUUUUUGAAAUAUAAAUUUUAAGGUGUAAAUAUUAUGUAUUGUAUUAUAGAUCUGUCAUUUUGAUAUU